UGGUGCUUAAAUGGGAUAGUAUGGGAAGGUCUAACUGGUGUUUCUAUGUCAUUAUAUAAAUCUUGGGCACAGAACAUGAAGCCCAGUGACAUUACAUUGGAUAAAGCUUUGGAGCUGUUGUCAAGUAAAGAUGUGAAGAGAUGUGGUCGACCAAAGGGAAAACCGAAGCUUGAAGAAGCCAUUGAGGCGAUGUAG